AAAUUGACCUACUGUGCGUGCGUUACCGUUUCCAUGGUAACCUGGACGCGAAAAGAGUUGAAAGCUGACAGAUAUCCCACCAAGAGAAAAUGUCUGCCCAAAAGAAAGGAGGCAAGCUCAGUAAGGCUGAAAAGGAGCAACUUCAGAAAGAGGAGGAUGAGAGAAGACAGAAGGAAGAUGAGGAGGCUCGACUCCUGGCUGAGAAAGAGGAGCAAGAGAGGCUGGAGAGAGAGAGAAAGGAGCAGGAGGAGCAUCAGAAACUGGAACUAAAGGACAAAGAUCGCAGAGAGGAUGAGCUGAAUGAACUGUGUCACCUAGUGGAAGAGAACCAGACUGCAGUCACCAAGUGGGAGACUGACUCCAGAGCGAAAGCCAAGUGGGACAGGUACAUGCGUUGUGACGGGAGUCCAGACCCGUCAGUCCAGCAGGAGAUUAACACCUUCAUCAACCUAUGGUGCGAGGACCCAGAGGUCCAGAUCAAACCGAUUCUAAAGGAGUGUGCCCUGGCGCUACGGCUGCUAGAGGAGCUGGAGGGUAUGCUGAGGGACGAGCCUGAACCAGCUGAUGCCCUGAGGUACCAGGAGACCCUCCUCUCCAUCCAGACUCUCAUCCAAUCCAAACUUGACCACAGCACUGAGGAGAUACUCAAGUGGGCCAAUGCUCACUCAGACAUUGAGACGGGGAACAUGCAGACUGUGGUCCAGGAUGACAUCAUCACACUGUGUCUGUGGGCCAACCUUAACAAGAACCCAAGGUUUAAAGGGUUCCAGUUCGAGGAGGUGGGACUGGGCUUUGAGCUGCCCAAACAGCUGGCAGUCAGUGACGUCGCUGUGAGAAUCCUCCACACCCACUACGACCACUUGUCUCACCUGGCUAACCUGAAAAGCCAGAACCCCAGCAGGAUGUCCCUGGGCCUGGGGACCAGGGAGGAACUCCUUCUGGAGGGAGCGACCCCCGUGGGGGAGUGUGGGGAGACGGAGGGAGAUGGUGACAGGAGAGGGAGCACACAGCAGGGAGGUGCAGAAGAAGAGGUGCAGUCUGUCAGAGGGUCUGAAGGCAGGAAGAGUGCGGUGAGUGUGAUAUCUAUGAAGGAGGAGGGGAGGAGUGGUCAGAAGCAGCUGGAGGAUGCCCAACAGAAGCUGGAGGAGAAUGGGAGUCAGAUAGAUACAAUGUUAGAGGGAGAUGACUCAGGUGAGGGAGACUCCACCCCUACCCCGAUGGACCCAGUGAUUGACAGCUAUGAGGGUCAGGUGGUUGACCUUCAACAGUACACACCCCUGGGAGGAGUCUUCUACUGCGAUGUCUUCCGUCUGCCACCACAGUCCCAACAACUCAAUGGAUGGGAGAUGAGAGAGCUGUUGGACACAGGGCUGCAGCCGUUCCCCUACCCCACAGAGCAGACUCAGAUCCAGGGCUCUGCCUCCAUGAAGCUGGAGGACAGUGGGGUCUUGACCAGUCCCCCUGUAGGGGUCACAGUCACCCUGCCCGACUCUGUCCUAUUCCUGGAGGACCCCCAGGUGGCCCGCUGGGACCCUGAAGGUCAGCACUGGAAGACCGACUGCAUCAGUGAGAUGUCGUACGACCAGGCAGAGCGGAAGAUCUCGUUCAAGAUGGACUCAUUCUACGCCUUCACGCUUCUACAGGACUCGUAUGCCAACAUGCCGUUCCAGAGCUGGGAGCUCAGACCACUGGGCCAGGACUCUGCCCUGCUCACCAUCACCGCAGCCCUCACUGAAGUCAGCAUCACCAUCAAGGGCAGCAAGUGUAUGCUCCAGUUAGACCAGGAGAGAGGACUGAACCACAUCCUGGGCCAGUGGAUGAGUCCCUCUGAACUACAGAAAGCCAUGGUCAGCGCCGGGGUCAACAUCUUCGUCAACCAAUACUCCGACAAAUAUGUCAGCGUAAACGCAAAGGACCCUCUGAUAGAACACGCUGUGUAUGAACAGAUGGCCCUGCUCUCCUCUGCCUUCGCCUUCUCCUGGAGCCAGUGGAACACGCAGUGUGGCCAUGAGCGUCUGGUGCUGCAGGUGUGUGAGCACCUAGACCCGGUCCCGGUCCGAGAGGACUCGUGGUGUGUGUACCUGCUGGGGGCCCGGAGGAGCCAAAGGCUGAGGAUCAAGGAACACAGUGAGGCGUUCUCUCCAGAGCUGGACCCCGGCAGCGAGUUCCACUCCACCUUCCUGCACAUGCUCCGAGACUGCAUGUCCCCCGCCGGACAGGAACGACGCUCUCACCACCUGUUCGUUGACGCCGUGCACAGACUGCUGCGUGCCACACGGCCUCUCACAUACUCCUGACUACAGUAGAUACUAGACCCCCAAGCGCUGUCCAACAACCACAGAUCUAGGAUCAGAUUUAACUAUUCCCGAUCAUAACUUUAACCAUUAGGGGGAAUAUGUAUAUCUGAUCUUGUAUCAGGUAGGUUAGCGGCAACUUCAACCUACUGUGCGGAACACCGUGGGUAUGACUGACUGCUAACUGUGAACUUUAACCCUUACAACAGAUGGAUCCUCAUGUAAAACCACAAAGCUUAUUUCUGUAGAAUAAAGUUCCUUUAUUGUGUAAA